CUUGCCUAACUUCCUCGUUUUUCUCCCAUCAGGCGUUUUUGGGGCUGCCGUCGCUCUCCUACUGCUGCUCCUGAGGGCAGAGGCUAUGCCUGUCGGGGAUUCCUCCGGGGAAUCCGAAUUCAGCGACGAUUCCUCGGCCAGGACAGUGCCACCCGAGCGCCUCCAGCUGCAGAAGUGCGUGGACCUGGCGCGUUGGCUGCAGGGAAGAGCGGCCGGGUUGACUCGAGAGUUAUGUAAGAAGGAGGCUGCCUGUCAAGGCAAGAUGGAACUGGCCCUCAAUAAUCUCAACCUUCCAAAGAUCACUCAAGAAGAUAAAUGCUUUGACACUGGAUUUGAAAAGGAAACAUGUCUAGGAAGACUUUCAAGUGGUCUUUAUGCUUUCGGGACCUUCUUUGAAUAUUUAGAAGAGGCUUCUGUUGAGACUGCAGAAACUUUUCGGCCAAGCACAGAGCACCUGGCAAAUACCUUGAGAUCAAUGAUGAACAAUCCUGAAACUGUGACCUUGCCGGAUCCAGCUGCUCAGAAAAUUCUUGCUGCUAAGCUUCGAGAACACAGAGGCUGGGCUGUUACAAUUAUCAAACACUUCAUACUUCAAGAUUUUACUUUAUUUAUGCAGAAAACUACAAGGGCUCUUCGUAUCUUAUGAGGGGCCAGUAGUUCUAGUGCCUUUUAA